GUGGGCGGAGCGGGCCGGGCCGGGGCCAUGCCGGCGGUGCUGCCCGCCGCCUGGGCCUCGGUGGCCGCCGCCUUUCUGCUGGCGCUGCUGCUGGCGCGGCGGGCUCCGGCGCGGUGGCCCGGGUGUGGGCUCGGCCUCUCUGCCUUCUUCCAGGAUCUGCUGCGCUACGGGAAGACGAAGAGCGGGUGCGGGCGCCGGCCGGGCUGGCUGCGCCUCCUGCAGGUGCCCAAGAGGUGGUUUACUCACUUUUAUGUGGUUUCUGUGCUCUGGAACGGCUUUCUGCUGAUCUGGCUUUUCCAAGUGGAGUUCCUCAGCUGGUCACUCCCAUCAUGGAUUCAGCAAGUGCACUACACUCUUGGCAGAGAUUCUCAGACUGAGGACACAGAUAGUGAGCACUUCUCUGCACUCCUGGUUCUCCUGCUGCUUUGGUUGCAUAGCUGUCGAAGACUUGCAGAAUGCCUCUGGACCAGUGUGUUUUCCAGUGGCGUCAUUCAUAUUGUGCAGUAUUGCUUUGGACUUGGUUACUACCUUGCUGUUGGCUUAACUGUACUAUGUCAAAUGCCUACUAACAUCAGGAGGGGAAGAGAGCUUUCUGUGCAGAUCCGGUGGUAUCACAUUGUAGGAGUUGCGAUGUACAUUUGGGCCUCCCUUCACCAGCACAGAUGUCUUGUGAUUCUAGCUAAUCUUAGAAAAAGUAAAUCAGGAAAGGUUGUAAGUCUGAGCCACAGUGUGCCUUUUGGAGACUGGUUUGAGACAGUUUCUUGCCCUCAUUAUUUUGCAGAGCUCCUCAUAUAUGUAUCUAUGGCCAUCACACUGGGAUUCCACAACGUGACGUGGUGGUGUGUAGUGAUGUGUGUUCUUUUUAACCAGGCACUGGCUGCUGUUUUGUGCCACGAGUUCUAUCAGAAAAACUUCAGCUCCUACCCAAAGCAUCGAAAAGCUUUUAUACCAUAUGUUUUUUAGGUUAUUUAUUCUAAAGCAUCCUGAUUCCAAACUGGGAAAUGUUUUCUAUAAGGGAAUAAGAGUUGUUUAUUAAAGCCAAGGUAAAAUCGUACAUUUUCUCUUAAUUCUAGCUUAAAAGCUCCUCCAUGUUACCAACUUAGGUGGGGAAGUGUAAGGUCUCUGCAUGUCAUACAAGCUAAAAAAAAGGUUUACUGAAGACCUUAAUUCUAACUGAAGAUAUGCUGAUUGGCUCUUUUCUGUUUUAUAAUUGUAUCUUAUGCAUAAAACUCUUGCUGUUGUGCAGCAAGGCAAAAUAACAUACACAUGAAAACUGUGUAGUGAUAGGAGGGUGCAGGGUGUCAUUUGGACGACUGUAUUUCAUGCCUUGUCUAAUAUUUAAGUAUAUUUUUUCCUGGUCUCUUUUCUUUGAAUCACUUCAGAGGGAGGCAAAUUGUGUAUUGUCUUUAUACGCUUCCCUGUCGAUAUUUAAAACCAGUCAAUGCUCUAUAACUGCAAGUACAAAAACCAGUGGAGAAAGCAGCACUGGAGGAAUGACUCAUGCUCAGCAGUGGCGAUAAACAGACUCAGUUGCUGCAUUAUCUCUUCUGCACCAAAGUCAGUAUUUAUUCAUUGAUGAAAACUCCUUGUUUAUCCCUCAACUGGGAAGGUCACAGAAGGUUCUUGGUCUAGAGAGACGGUAGAAGAGAAUUUGCAAAAAUAAUAAUAUUCUUGGUUAUGGUUUUGUCAUCCUUACAGGGGGUUAUUGGAAUCUUUCCUGUGUUGGAGGGGGCAGUUAAGCAGGAUGGCUGUAACCACAACUACAGUGUUUUUUAAAUAGCCUGUGAGAGCAGAUGUAAUGAACUGCAGAGGCCGAGAACACAGAAACCUGUACCUGACAAGCAUUGCAAAGAAAUUCUUUACUGGGGAGGUCAUGUCAUUCAGCACAAGGGGCUUUUUUGCACUUAACCAUUUAAUAUUUUGGUCCUUCUCAUGAUACAGGAAUGAAUGACCAGUUUGUGUGUGGUAUAUGGAUGCUGGUGUUUCAGCAUGUUUUCUACUUAACAUGCGUGUAUUUUGUAUAUGAGAAGAAUUUUUAUAAUCUUAACUAUAUCUUACGAGCUAUCUAAUUAAAAGUUUAUUACACCUUCUA